UAAAGAGUAAAGAGUGUGGGAAAGAAGGAUGGCGAGCCCUAGCACAGGAGGCUUGGAAGCUCUGCACCGUCUGAAGUCGACAGAGCCUCCUCUCUGGCUCUCUCCCUCUACGGAGCUCUCCCAGGCAGCUCGAAUAGCCUCUCAGGAUCUCUUCUCAUCACUCCAACCGUUCUGUCCCAAAUCACCGUUCGACCACCUACUUGUCGACGGCUUCGACGCUGAGCAGAUAUGGCAACAGAUAGAUCUCCAGUCGCAGCCAUUGUUGUCGAACCUCCGAAGAGAAAUAAAACGCUUCGAAAAGAAUCCUGGCGAGAUUUCGAAGCUUAUUGAUGUAGAAAUCGUUAAGGAAGAGGCAGAAGGGAAGACUGAUGUUAUAGAAAAGGAAAACAGGGCUCAUGUUGAGGAAGAUGGUGGACAGCAGGAGAAUCUUGAAGAUUUUGAAGACAUGGAAGAUGAAGAGAUUGGAAUUUCUGAUGAGGAUGAUGAGGAGGAUGGAGAGGAAGAAGACGAAGGUGAGGAGGAGGAGGAGGAGGAGGAGCAUGGGGGUAGUGAGGAAGCAAGUGGCGGCAUUGAAGAUCGAUUUCUGAAGAUUAAGGAAUUGGAGGAAUAUUUGGAGAACGAUGAAGCAAGGGAGUAUGGUCUUUCCAAAGAGAAACAGCGCAAUGAUCACAACGCCGCUGACGAUGAUGAUAAAGAAGACGACGAGGGGGAUGAUGAUGAAGACGAGGACGAGGAUGAUGACGAGGUUGGACAAUUUGGUGAUAAUGCGGAUGUAGAUGAUGAAAAGUUCGACAAUGCAAGGUAUGAAGAUUUCUUUGUCAACAAAAAGAAAAAGAAUUCAAGGAAAAGGUCUAGAUCUCUUGGUGGAGAAGAUUCAGGCAUGGAUGAUGAACAAGAAGAUGACAAGGGAUUUAAUGAUCAGAAGAAAGAAACUUCUUCAACCCAUGAGAAACGACUAGAGAAGCUUCGUUCAAAAAUAGAACAAAUGGAGAGGGCAAAUUUGGAACCCAAGACAUGGACAAUGCAGGGAGAGAUAACUGCUACUAAGAGGCCAAAAAAUAGUGCUUUAGAAGUUGAUCUAGAUUUCGAGCAUAACGUGAGACCUGCACCAGUGAUCACAGAAGAAGUCACAGCAUCCCUUGAAGAUUUGAUUAAGAAAAGGAUUCUUGAGGGGCAUUUUGAUGAUGUUCAAAAAGUGCCAAGUCUACCAUCCAAAGCACCAAAAGAACUGAAAGAGAUGGAUGACAAUAAGAGCAAGAAGGGGCUAGCUGAAAUUUAUGAGGAGGAAUAUGUGCAGAGGACAGGUCUGGCUUCUGCAACACUCUCGUUCUCUGAUGAACGGAAGAAAGAGGCAAGUUUGGUAUUUAAGACACUCUGUUUGAAGUUGGAUGCGCUGUCACAUUUCCACUUCACUCCAAAGCCUGUUAUCGAGGACAUGUCUAUACAAGCAAAUGUUCCAGCCCUUGCCAUGGAAGAGAUUGCACCUGUGGCAGUCUCAGAUGCAGCUAUGUUGGCUCCUGAGGAAGUGUUUUCUGGCAAAGCUAACCUUAAAGAAGAAACCGAACUAACCAAAGAAGAGAGAAAGAGAAGGAGAGCUAAAAAGAAGAGGAGAUCAAAAGCUGAUAAAUCUAAAAGGAUGUCGAAAAAGGCAGUGUUAAGUCCUCCCAGUGGUAAUUCUUAAUCCAUUUUCCUCUUG